CACACACACAUUCUCGCGGACGCCUUUACGUCUGCUCCCAACCUGACAGUGUCCCUGUAUCCUCGCAACACUCCUUCCUACACGGUGAGCGGGAUAGUCUUCGCACGACGCGCCCUUCCAUCAAAGCUACCAAACGAGGGAAAUACGGCCAAGCCAUUUCUAUCGUCGUCCGUCAUUAGUGCACGGAUCGUGUGUUGUUAAUCAUCGGAUCCGUGUCGUGCCGACGAGAUGUGAUUUGCAGGAUCUAUGACGGGAAAAGAAAUUCUUAUGGAUUGGUGAAUACCAGACAAAUGGAGAGCAUUGCUUUUUCCUCUUCUUUUUGUUUUAUUUCCUUUGCCAGUAAGAAGGAGAGCAUGAUCGUGCGCCUAUUUCGUGCCAAAAUAUGUGAUAGGACAACUCCGUUCUAUUUUUCCUAUCGCUCUUUUUCGACAUGAACCAGUCUGGAUCGUCAGUGGGGUGAUUUCUUAUAAUUUUUCUUAGAUGCUUCCGCUUUGUCGAUAGGGGAUAUGAUUCCGUGAUGUUCCUCGUUAUCGUGACACGGAAGGAUUUCAUUUGAGAUAUAAAAUAAGCAAUGGCGUGUGAAACUGUAAAAAAGUCGGCCGGACUGAGAUUUUCGCUUCUAAUUUUAUCACUUUGGAUGAAACAAAUACGAAAUAAUGUUUGACACCUUUGUUUAUGAAUUCUGUUUAUCAAAGAAAUUGUCGAAUAUUUGAUAGGUUGUCGUUACAUCUAUUAAAUCGUGACGAUCAAACUCGACUAAUGCGCGCAUCAUUGUCGGUAGUUAUUAGCAUGUGAUAGCAUAGUAACGCUUGAUUACUGGAAUAUACGAUUUUCUGAUAUAUCCGAGUUGACACACUAAUGACUUUUCAUGAUCAUCACGUUUAUAAAUAUAAUGAUACUUUCUACUGAUCAAGCUAAUUCGUAUCGUUUGCUAUUUGCAAAAUUAUUAAUAAGAAAUUUAGCUGGAUGCUUUGAUCGCAAGAGUGUGAAUGUAAUUGUCAGGCACAUUCCACGGAUCGUCCGAAUGUUCAAGGAUUUUUUAACAGUGACGCUUUAUCCGUUCGAUCUUUAGCAAAUAGUCUCGUUUGUACGCGACCUAUCACUUUCAAGGAACACUGGAUGUACACACGUUAUUGACACCCUUGCUUUUGCCUUGACUAUCCACUUGAUCGUGACGAUUUGUGGAAAGAAAAAGUUUUUUUAUCCAUUUAAAAAUAAUUUCAUCGCUGAUCUAUAUUCAUCACGUUUGAAUUAUUCACUCAAGUUGCAUUCACGAAGAAGCGUGAUAUUUGAAUUCUCGGUUAAGUCUGAAAAUUGCAUCACAGGAUCACGAUUGAAUAUGUAACCGCUUGUAUGCUUUCUUAUAAAAGACGGAAGCAUUACGCGCUACGAUUUUCUCAUUAACGUCGCAUAAUUAAUUUCAUUCGGUUUCAGGCAUGCGAAGACUCGUGAUACGCAUGGUUAAGUUUCACCUCGUCGAACUGUCACGUCUUUUUUUUAUUUCUAUUUUCACUCGGAUUCUUUCUCAUUGUACACGGUAGAUUGAAAAUCAAUUAAAACAUCAUUAAAAAGUCUUCAUCGUUUAUUGCAUUUCGUUGCACCGCAAAAGGUUUUAAUUACAUUCCUAUAGAUCUGUUUACUUAUUAAUAAUACUGGAUGAUUAAUUCAACGAGAAGAAAAAUUAUUAAAAAUUACUUUAAUGUCUAAAAUGACUGAGACCCGCGCGUAUCGUAGUUUUACACAAAUGAUCGUCUUCAUCUAAACUUGUAAACAUAUUUUGUCGUGGCGUACGAUAAGAAAACAUGUUUUCUUGUCCAUGAUACACGCGCAUAGAUCGGUGUUAAAUUUUCUCGAAUCCUAGCAAUAUCCAAGCACAUGCCUUCAUUCCUGUCGCGUAUAUGUAUGUGCAUAUAUAUAUGUGUAUGUAUAUACAUACAUAUAUAUAUAUAUAUAUGUAUAUAUAUAAAUGGAAAUGAGACCGCAGAUAGAAAUGAAUUGGCGAAAAGUCGGGUUUUCUUUUUUCGAAAUUUGGGAAAGUUUAUGGCAAGCAUCGUCGAUGCCUGCAAUGCUUUACGCUUUAGCACAGUUUCUAAAGAUAUCGGUAGCACGGAUUCCGAGUUCGAAAAAUUUUGAAAUAUCCACGAUCAAUAUGUUCGUGAAAACACUCGUCAUGUAAUAUAUAUACAUAUAACAUAAUGUAAAGAAAAAGAUAUCUCGCUAAAUUAAAGUAGGUUGGCAUGUUUCCAAGUAAAUCGUCUGUCGUCAAUGCCGCGUAAUUUAUUUUAUCGAUUUGACUGCAAUCGAUAUUAUUGCAGUACGACGUUUAAAUGAAACUCGUUCUUUUUUCCUAUUCCUUGCGUCCACGCUUUCUCUCUUUCAUCCCAGUUUCUCUCUUUCUCAUAGGAUUUACAUCAGACAUUAGCUUUCAUCUCUUGCCUCUUUGAUCCUCUAUCUCUCGUCUUUAGUUGUUUCUCUAUAUCAAACGUUUACAAUCAGCUUUAUCCACAUUUUCGUCUUGAAAUAUAACUCCCUCGUUGAUUGUGAAUAAGUGUAUAUUCCCGUGGGAAGAGCCACUUUCGAACGUUUACGUUUAUUCAAAGGCUAAAUACUCUUGCGGAUUCGCAAGAAAGAAAGGAGGGUAAACGCAAAAAGAUGAAUCGAUAUUUCGAUCGCACACAAUAUCUGCACGAUAAAAAAGAAGAAAAAUAAAAAAAUAUUUCCAGAGGCAAGCAGAGGGGCGAAGAGGAACGGUCGGUCUUUAAUCAUGCCCGCUCGUUGAAAAAAAGCGCUUCGAAAGAAGAUAGCUACAACGAGGGAGGUGGGUUGGGACAGAUAUACAAAAGGAAAUUCUGAACCUGUGCUUUCCAGCUUCCAGUCAGCGAAUGAAUUUCUCUCUGAACGGGAUGUAUCCCUUUCGUUCGUCGAUCAAUUUUUUUCUUACAUAAAGUCGAUUUGAAAGCGCUACCGAGAUCGCGACCAAGCCCUCCGAGCGUCGCUUCGAAGAAUAGAUAGAGAGACAGAGAGACAGAGAGAGAGAGAGAGAGAGAGAGAGAGAGAGGAUAGAAAUAGAAACAAUACUGAGCUAGAAAAGUAAUCCACGAUGAAUCACGACAGUGCGAGAACGAUCAGAGAGAACAGUUUGAGGAGAUGGCUUCUGCCGAAUCGACAGACUUUCGAUAUCGUUAAGAACAACUCGAACAUUUAAAAUUCGAUUUUAACGUUGGACCGUCUCGUAAAAAACUCAACGAGACUAAGAAGAAAAACGGGAAGAGAUUAAAUAUCGUCGACUCGUGGGAUUCGCUGGCAAAAUACGAGCUUAUGUGUUGGUGAUGUGUUGGUCGAGGAUAGUGCUUCAAGAACAAUGCGGUCUUCGCGAUAACGAGGAUCAAAUCGGAUCGUCGGAGAGAAAGAGUUGAAGAGGCUGAGGACUCCCUGGGAGGCUGAGAAAGACUCGAAUUCGAAAUAACGGAGACGACGACGGCGUUUUAUCCAACGUAGACAACAUGGGGAAUGGCAUGAACAAGGUGCUUCCCGGCCUUUACAUUGGUAAUUAUCAGGAUAGUAAGGACGCAGAUCAACUGGAAAGGUUCGAGAUAACUCAUAUCCUGGCGAUUCAUGACACGGCUCGUCGAUUACACUCUAAUAAGCAUUACCUAUGCAUCUUAGCCGCCGACAGGCCGGAUCAAAAUUUAUCGCAAUAUUUUUCUCUCUGUAACGAUUUUAUCCACGCUGCUCGUUUGCGCGGUGGCAAUGUUCUAAUACAUUGCCUGGCGGGCAUGUCGAGAAGUGUGACGGUCGCAGUCGCCUAUAUCAUGAGCACCACAAAUCUAUCCUGGAAAGAGGCACUUAAGGUCGUGAGGGUAGGUCGUUCCAUCGCCAACCCAAACGCUGGCUUUCAACAACAACUCGAGGACUUUGAAUCGAGCCGUCUUCAGGAGGAACGACGAAGAUUGAAGGAACGAUUCCCUAGUCUCGCUCUCGCAGAAUCCGACGCGGAAGCAUGUAGAGCUACCCUUAAAAAUUACGAGGCGUUGGUGCAAGCACGAGAAGUUUGCGAAGGCAAAUGUGCCAUGGGUCGUCCUUGUCCCACUGGUCUCUGCCGUCAACCGUCCAAGAGGACUCCCAGAAGACGAUCAUCUUCCAGUAGUUCCGGAAAUUUAACACCUGGUAGAACACCACCACAAACGCCAAGAAUGCUUCCAUCCGCACCACCCUCGCCAGCUCUACCUAGAUCAGCCAGCGUUAUGUCCGCUACUCGGCCAAGAAGCGGUCCUGCAGGUUUACAUUCCUACACCGGAUCUGCGCCUCCUUCCAGGGCCGUUUCGAGGGUGGAUCUGUCAGCCGCCGUAGCUUGCAGUAGUAGUAAUACGAAUUUGACUGCCGUUGGCAGAUCCAUCACACUUUCUGGUAGUAACUGGAGAUUAACAGCGGGAUCAGCACCGACCACACCAAGGCCGACACCUCCGGUAUCGCCUCAACGAUGGCCGAGACGACUUUCCAGGCAAACGCCACAAUUACCUGUACCAUCGGAAGCUCAUUCCUCGAUGACGUAGCAGCACAACAAGAUCACUCUUUUCAGUCUUCUGGAACGAAGCCGAGAAAUAUCCACGAGAGAAACGGUGCAGAUCUCUUCAACUUGUAUUCAAGACGCGUUGUCUUGAAUUUCUUCUCUUCCUUAACAAGUUUUUCACUCUAUCUAUCUCUCUGUCUGUCUCUUGCUCUCUCUGUCUCUCUUUCUUCUCUUUCUUUCUUAAUCAAUUUUAAGGUGGCAGCUUCACGAAAGACCGACGAUCGUCGAAGUUAAAAUUUGUCGUGAGACAGGAAAGACCAUAGGAGAUAUUAGGACUGAUACUGCUUUUUUUAAAUAAGUCUAAUAAUAAUCUGCUAAUCUGCGAUCGUUUCUGCAUCUCUGCUUCAACUCGAAUUCGAUGUGUACUUACUACUUAUUGGGUUAAUCAGUCGCCUUAUACGAUGUCAAUAAGUAACAUGACAUCCCGCGGCCAAGACGCAGAAAAAACUGGCUAAUUUGUAUAUCAUACGGGUUUAACGGGUCGAGAGUAUUUAUGUUGGCAAUUCGCGAGAUUGAAAAUACAUUAGUGGGAAAAAAGAACUUUGACCGAUUUUGUACGUUUGUAAAAUCAUUAAUCGUCGUGCUUUCGAAACGAAAAACAAAAACUCAAUGGGCCGAGUAAAGAAGCAAGAUUUUACUUGGAGAGAAUUUUUCUGAUAAGUAAACAUACGAUGAGAAUUGAAAGAAAUUUUGGAAGCGAAGUGUGAUAUGUUGUUUUAUGACGUUAUCCCAUCACCAAUUUUGUUCGCAACCGUCCAAAUAAUUGUUGGCUUUGUAGCGGGAUCGCGCUGUUUAUCGCGAAUCGUUGUUGACACUCUGAAAAAUAUAUAUAUAAACAUAUACAUAUACACAUGACCGAGUGUCACGUUGUUAUGAGAGGUUUUGAAAGAGUAUAACACGUAGUUAUAUGUAGAUUAACGAAAAAAUAAAUAAAUAUAUAUAUACAUGCAUACAUACAUAUAUAUAUAUAUUUCACAAGCACACGCACGACUUACAAGUAAUAAUUGAUAUAAAAUGAAAAGAUACAUAAAAGUAGCACGAAAUUUGGCAGGCGUGUUUUGAAAAUUCGCUCGAAUUUAUUCAUUAAAUGAUUCUUUUCUCUUUAUCUUACAAAUAGUCUCUCCUCGUUGCGUUUGUAAUUACCAAUCUUUCUUUUUCCUAUAAAUUUAGAAAAAAAGCAGCGAUUAAAGAGGAAACACAUAGACUACUUUGUCGUUCUUAAUAUUCACGUAUUAAUAAAUGUGUACAUAAAUAUGUAUCCGUCGAUUUAAAUACCGGAUACUGGCUGUUAUAUUAGUUGUAAUAUUUUGUAAUAACACCGAAUAUAUUGUUUUCAUAGGAACUUGCGUAUUCGCUAAGUGAAUAAGAUGAACGCGAAAGUAAAGACGGCAUAAAGCGAUAUUUUUAUCCAAGCAAUCACCGUGUAUUUAGGGCAAUUAAUUCCACUGACACUGAACGAACCAAAAAAAAAUCGCGUAGAUUAGACGAUAAAUGCAAUAAAUUGUACUCGUAUUUUUGUGCGCCUUUCGAGAACGUUCGAUCGUUCUUUCUGUGAAAUCUUCAUGAUACGCCCUUGAUUUGAAAAAGAAAAAAGAAAAAAGUAAAAACAUCUACUAUAUCUCUCUGUAAUUAGUUACUGUCGUGUAAAAAUCAUAUCGUGCAGAAAAGUAAUAACCGUACGACGGCGAAGAGUCUCCUUCUUCCGUAUACACAUAUUUAGAUGGUAGGAUGCCGAUGCAUCAGGUCGCUUCGAAGUCGAAGAGUAACGUUCUCGAAGGUUUUCCAUCGUCUGUCAAACAUUAAACUAAUUAAUCUGUAGUAUACACCCUAUAUUUUCUUGAACAAGCGGCUUAGCUGAAGUAAAUAUAUAAUAUUAAUACUAUUAGAUCGGCGCGACAAAUCGCGUAAAAAUAUUAUCGAUCGUUUCGUUGUCAAAAUGAAAAUAUAUCGGUGAAAAAUCCACCCUAGUAAGAAAGUAAAACAAAAAAAACGUGUUCAAAAUUCGUAAUUGUGAAUUUUGUGUUAUCUUACAAAAGCUCUUCGAAUAAUCCGCUUGUUUGAAGAUACAGGCAAAACAUCCUAAAAAUAACAUAUUCUACUGUUGCAAUAUUCUACUUUUUUACAAUGCGUUCAUGUGCGCUAACCGCGCUAUAUGUAUUACGUACGUAGAUGCUCCAUGAAAAUUUUAUUCGUGCUCUUUGGCAAUUUCUAAACGUAAGGGAAUUUCGAAAUUGUAAUAAAGAACGACGAAUGUGUCGAGGAUUUGUAGAAACCGAUCGGAAGAUGAAAAUAUCUAUUUAACGCAAGUACGUGCGAUUUUUCUAUCAAAAAAUAUCAAAGUUUAGAAGCAACAUUGGGAAGGAAAGUUUUCUAUAACGAAAUUAUAUAAAAUUGUAUCAUUGUUUCAUAUCAAUAGAUCGCUGGUCGAUAAAAAUUUGAAAUCAAUAUUUGUGCGAGAUCGAGAGACGGUAUCAAUUAUUUUUUUACGGUUGGUUAUAAUGCCGGUGAUCGAGUGAUUCAAAAUUCUUGACGAUUCUGGUCAAUGAAACAUCAAAGAACGUUAAUGAUGUCACGGGAAUGAAAUUUUAAAUCCAUUGCAUUUAUUUUUGUAUUCUCUCCUCCUCUUGUUGUCAUUGUCGAUCUAUCCUCCGAGAAUAAAUGCAUAGAAUAUAUGGAAUGUUAAUUACGAUAAGAACUAUUGAAUGCUAUGCCCUAACACAUAACUUUGUUACUCACAUAGAAGUGGCUAAUUACUAAUUAAGAUAUUUUAUGAUUUAACUUAGUGACUUAGAAAUGCUGAUCAUGAUUAUUAAGGAAUAUAAACCUUACGCAUACGAUUCAAUUUCAAAAUUCUAUUCGAAUCAUGCUCGUCUCAUGAGAAAUAUACUAUUUGAAAUUAUUUCAUUAAAAUGUAAUCUAAUCUUUUUCGAAUCUUGUUUUUAAACGAUCAUGAUACGACUAUGAAACAUACUCGAACGGAUACACCAUUCAUUAUAAUGCGAAACUUAAAAUUUGAUUUCACGAUCGUUCCAACCUGCGAAGUAAUCUAAACUGUUCGAUUAUUAGAUGUAUCGUUUAUAGUGAACGAGAACGAUAUAUGAAACGAGUCGCUCAAGUGUGAAUAUUUUUGGCAAUAUUAUGUUAAAAUUGAAUUUAACGCUAAUUUAACGUUAAAUUUAUACGUUGUUAAUAGCUAUAAAUAUAUAUGGAAUGGGCACUUAAAAAAUUUUACAUACAUAUAUCGACAUACAUAUACGUCGAUCAUGCGAUCAGCUUACAAAGUCAAUCGUUUUAGAUAUUCAUAGAUGGACACAAAUGCACCGUUGCAUUCGUUCAAGUAUUUUUGAUACAUCCGAAUAAAUCUGUGAUGCGUCUUAUUUAAACGCACUACAUUUCAUAUCAUCGUUCGUCGGUGUUACAUCUCGAUGAAUUGUCUAAUGUUAAUUGAAAAGUAUUAUACUCGCAUCAUCGAAAUAGAAAUAAAGUUUGAAAAAGCUUGGCAA